UUCAAACAGGGCUCCCUAACUCUGCCUAGAUUGGAGGUUGCUGUCCAGUGUGACUGAAGCAACAUCACCCAGUGCAUGGAGUUCCUGUGUUGGUGUGUCCCUGCUGUUACUCCCAGAGCUAUCUCCAGGAGCCCUGGUCAGACUCACUUCCUCUCUGCUGAGCAACAGGUCCUGAGACUGAACUAGGAGCUUGAACUCACUGCACCCAACAGACAUGGGACCCAGGAUAGGGCCAGUGGGUGAGGAACCGCAGAUGCCAGACAAGGACACUAAGGCCACAAUGGGUACAGAAGACACUCCUGGAAGCAAAGCCAGCCCAGAGCCUCAGGAUUUGCGGCCACGUGUGUUCCGCAGCAUCAAGUUCUUCGUCCUGUGCCACAGUGCACUGCAGCUGGCACAGCUCAUGAUCUCUGGUUAUCUCAAGAGCUCCAUCUCGACAGUGGAGAAGCGCUUUGGCCUCUCCAGCCAGACUUCAGGACUGCUGGCCGCCUUCAAUGAGGUGGGGAACACAGCCUUGAUUGUGUUUGUGAGCUAUUUUGGCAGCCGGGUACACCGGCCCCGUAUGAUUGGCUAUGGGGCUGUCCUGGUGGCCCUGGCUGGCCUGCUCAUGACUUUGCCACACUUCAUCUCGGAGCCAUACCGCUAUGACCACAGCAGCCCUGAGGAUAUGCCACAGGACAUGGAGGCUUCCUUGUGCCUGCCCACAACCUUGGCCCCAGCCCCCAUCCCCUCCAAUGGCAGCUGCUCCAGCAACACAGAGACCAAGCAUCUGACCGUGGUAGGGAUCAUGUUCAUCGCACAGACCCUGCUGGGCGUGGGCGGUGUGCCCAUUCAGCCCUUCGGCAUCUCCUACAUCGAUGAUUUUGCUCACCACAGCAACUCACCCCUCUACCUCGGGAUCCUGUUUGCAGUGACCAUGUUGGGGCCAGGCAUGGCCUAUGGGCUGGGCAGCCUCAUGCUACGUCUUUAUGUGGACAUUGACCGGAUGCCGGAAGGUGGAAUCAGUCUGACCUCAAAGGACCCCCGUUGGGUGGGUGCCUGGUGGCUGGGCUUCCUCAUCUCUGCUGCCAUGGUGGCACUGGCUGCCAGUCCCUACUUCUUCUUCCCCAGGGAGAUGCCCAAGGAGAAGCAUGAGCUUCGCUUCCGGCGAAAGUUCUUGGCAGGUCCAGCCUCACCUGUCAGCAAGGGUGAGGACUCCUCCUCUGAGCAGAGCCCUGGUGAGUCCCUGAAGCAGCAGGAAGGCCUGGCUCAGAUUGCCCCAGAUCUGACUGUGCUCCAGUUCAUCAAAGUCUUCCCCAGGGUGCUGCUGAGGACGCUGCGCCACCCCAUCUUCCUGCUAGUGGUCCUGUCCCAGGUGUGCAUGUCAUGUAUGGUGGCUGGCAUGGCCACCUUCUUGCCGAAGUUCCUGGAGCGCCAGUUUUCUGUCACAGCCUCCUUCGCCAACCUGCUCAUUGGCUGUCUCAUCAUCCCCUUGGCCAUGGUGGGCAUCGUGGUGGGGGGCGUCCUGGUCAAGCGUCUCCACCUGGGUCCCUUGCACUCUGGUGUCCUUUGCCUGCUGGGGGCACUGUUCUGCCUGCUGUUCAGCCUGCCCCUCUUCUUCAUUGGCUGCUCUACUCACCAGAUUGCAGGCGUCACCUCCGGGCCUGGUUCCCAGCCUGGGCAGGGGCUACUUCCCAACUGCGCAGAGCCCUGCUCCUGCUCAUCAGAUGGCUUCAACCCUGUCUGUGACACCCGUGCCCAUGUGGAGUAUAUCACGCCCUGCCAUGCUGGCUGCACAGGCCGAGUGGUCCAGGAAGCUCUGGGAAAAAGCCAGGUUUUCUACACCAACUGCAGCUGCGUGGUGGGGGACAGCCCAGUGUCUGCGGGCUCCUGUGACUCAGCCUGCAGUCACCUGGUCCUGCCCUUCGUUGUUCUGGUCAGCCUGGGGGCAGCAAUGGCCAGUGUCACCCACACACCUUCCUUCAUGCUCAUUCUGAGGGGAGUGAAGAAAGAAGACAAGACUUUGGCUGUGGGGAUGCAGUUUAUGCUCCUGAGAGUUUUGGCCUGGAUGCCCAGCCCUGUGAUCCACGGUACUGCCAUCGAUACCACCUGCAUACACUGGGCCCUGAGCUGUGGACGUCGAGCCGUCUGCCGCUACUAUGACCAUGACUUGCUCCGAAACCGAUUCAUCGGCCUCCAGUUCUUCUUCAAAACGGGCUCCCUGGUGUGUUUCACCUUGGUUUUGGCCAUCCUGAGGCAACAGAACAAAGAGAUGGGGUCCGAGGUCACAGCAUCCAGCCCUGGCCUAGAGCAGCAGCUGUUAGCAUCAGAGCCAGAGAAGAAGUCAGAGGAUUCCAGGGUAUGA